AUGUCUUACGCUUCAAAUACGGAACCGAAACGGUCCAAACCCACAGAGAGUUCAAAGUCGACGGCCCAACAAAUUGAUGAACAGACGGAGCCAAAACCAAAAUCCACUAUAAAAGAAAAAGCCACCGGUUCUACAGAGGGUGAGGUGGCUACAUUCGAAUCGCGAGUGUUGCGACAGCGAACGGUACCCUCCACGAGUGAGUCUACGGGAACAGAAUCGAAAAGCCGUCGAAAUGACAGCACUGCAUUGCGUCGGCAAGCAAUGCUGGCAGAAAUCGCUCAGCGAAAAAAUGUGCCAGAAGUUCGUCGACUAACCCAGGAGGAGCUUUUGGCUGAGGCCAAACUAACAGAAGAAAUAAAUCGUCGGUCGCUAGCUCGGUACCAACGUAUGGAAAUUGAGAAGAAGAAGGUUCAUUUCCAAAAAUCAAAAUCUACCGUCCCCAUGAUCCGUUACCAUUCGUUCACUGUACCUUUGGUCGAAGAUCAACCUCAUUUGUACGGAGUCUCAGUCGAUCCUCAAAGUUCGACGGUUCGUGCUGGCCCUAUUAUCACCGAUCCAUCAGCUCGCUGCAGCCGAAAUUUGAUCACAUUCGCGGACGAACAAUGCCUUCGUGCUUCAAUGCCAAAAACCAUCACACCCUUGCCCGACCCGAACAACCCCGCUCCAGUUGCUCCGCGACCGCGCCGAAUAAUGCGAAUAUGUCCCAUCACCGGGCUUCCUGCUCGUUACCUGGACCCCGUCACACUUACUCCGUACGCCAACCUUGCAGCAUUUCGAGUGCUCAGGCGUCUGUAUCAGCUUCACUUGGAGACCAACACUCCAGCCAUAGACCUUUUGAGGGAGUACCGAAACAGUUGA